AUGGACUACACCAACGCCAUCCAUAUCAUCCCGGACGCCGCCGGUCCCGAAAGCUGGGCCAACUCUGCGGCGCCUCCUGGCGGGGACUCUGGGAUUUGGGCCACCGAGGACGACUACAGCCAGUGGAACGGCGACCAGGGGCUUAGCGGGGGUUGCUAUGGCGGUGACAGGAACUCGUCGCAGCCGCAUUCAAGGGCCGGCGGCGAGCAGCCGCCGCCGGGCAAGAAGCCCAGGGGCAGUGGGCCGUCGGGCGGCGGCGACGCCGGGAGCACGAGCAAGUCGCGCGCGAUUGGGAAGAUGUUCUUCAAGACGAAGCUCUGCUGCAAGUUCCGGGCAGGGACGUGCCCGUAUGUGACAAACUGCAACUUCGCUCAUGGGAUGGAGGAGCUGCGCAAGCCGCCCCCCAACUGGCAGGAGAUCGUGGCAGCACACGAGGAGGCGACGGAACAGAGAGAGGAGCACCAGAUCCCGAUCAUGACGUCGUCCAACGUGGUGCCUGGUGACAGCGUGUCUGGCAGGGCGUACAAGGGGCGGCACUGCAAGAAGUUCUACACCGAGGAGGGAUGCCCCUAUGGCGACGCAUGCACUUUCUUGCAUGAUGAGCAGUCCAAGGCGCGUGAGAGCGUCGCGAUUAGCCUAUCGCCGUCGGUUGGCGGGGGCAGCUACAACUCUGCUGCUGCUGCUGCCGCCUCUCCAAAUGGACCGACAAUUCUGAAGCCGUCGAAUUGGAAGACGAGGAUUUGUAACAAGUGGGAGAUGACUGGCUACUGCCCCUUCGGUAGCAAGUGCCACUUUGCUCAUGGAGCUGCUGAACUCCACAAGUAUGGUGGGGGACUUGUCGACAUUGACGGGAGGGACAUUGCAUCAACUCCGGACUCGAAGCAGGCUGCGGCAUCUUCGAAACUUCCUGUGGAGACUCCUGCUGCAUCCACUGCGGUGCCCCCUCAUGCAGACGUUUACCAUUUAGGCAGCCAGACACAGCGUUCCGCCUUGGCCAGCCAAAGGUCCGGGCAGCUACAGAGGCCAAUCCAGAAAUGGAAAGGCCCCGACAAGAUAAGCAGGAUCUAUGGUGAUUGGAUAGACGAAACCGACUAG